UCCAUUUGCAACAACAGUGAGACUUUAUUAACAAGGAGUUAAUAUAUAAGGUACAUUUUCCCUGCAAAGUAGACACGUUUCCUUCUAACUUUGCACAAGAUUGCACAAAUACUCAUACACUAAUCUAUCAACGGUAACUGUGUACAGCGCUGACAUUGGGACACAUCCUCUGGAUGUUGGGGGUGCGGGCUCUGCUGGGGAUCGGGUUCCUGGUGACAUCUCGAGGAGGCGGGGUCAGAGGGGUGUGUCCGCUGCUAAGUGGCGCUAGCCUCCCUAGCAAGCAGUGUCCUAGAUAUCAGUCCUCUAUCAUGGCUCAACCAAUCAAACACCUUGGGCAGGAGGAGGCCCAGCGCAUAGAUGAGGAGCUCUUCACAGAGUACUGUUUCAGUGUGGAUCAGCUGAUGGAGCUGGCUGGACUGAGCUGUGCCACUGCGAUUGCCAAGGCCUACCCCCUGAACUCCUUGGUGAAAGCCACGCCCUCUGUGCUGGUGGUGUGUGGCCCAGGAAACAACGGAGGGGACGGCUUAGUCUGCGCCCGACACCUCAAGCUUUUUGGCUAUGAGCCCAGCAUUGUGUACCCCAAGCGGCCCAACAAGCCCCUGUUCAAGAACCUGACGGUCCAGUGUGAGAAAACGGACAUCCCUUUCCUAGCAGAGAUGCCCACUGAGGCAGAGGUGAUUGAUGAGGCAUAUAACCUGGUAGUGGACGCCAUCUUUGGUUUCAGCUUCCAGGGUGCGGUGCGGGAGCCCUUUGGCACCAUCCUGGAUACCCUGAGAAAGGCCACUGUUCCCAUCGCCAGCGUGGACAUCCCCUCAGGUUGGGAUGUGGAGAAGGGGAGCUCGGACGGAAUCCAGCCCGACAUGCUCAUCUCCCUCACUGCCCCCAAGAAGUCGGCAACUCACUUCCGUGGGCGUUACCACUUCCUGGGAGGACGCUUCGUGCCCCCUGCCCUGGAGAAGAAAUACCAGCUCAACUUGCCUCAGUACCCAGGCACCGACUGCGUUUACCAGCUGCCUUAGAGCCUGAGCACCAGCUGCAUGGACAACUUUGUGUGCUGACCUACCGCAUAUUGCACUACACUGGGAAGCGCUUUGAUCUGUUCCCUUGGGUUGAGAUAGUAGACAGUGCACAGCUGUUACGUUCUUUUACAGUGUAUCCUGAGGUGGACUUCGGGAGAUGGGUGAAUGCUAUCAGCAAAUGCUUAAUUAUGAAUGGUAUUCACAAUCUUGGAUUUGCUGAAUAAAGG